CACACACCACCUGCAGUGGAAAAUGUUACCUGUUCGUGUGUGUGUGUGUGUGUGUGAAUCUGAUCGCAGACAGUGUAUAGUAGGCACCUUACACACAAAAGACUCUUAAAGACUGGCUUUGACAUUUCCACGGAUUCACAAGGGCAGAGAGAUUUUAGAUUAAUUAACAAAAUAGAAGAAAAAAAAUUGUGUCACUUGAAACGGUGUCAAAGGGAUGGUGGCGCCCUAAUUAAUGGUCAUUCUAGCCUCAGCUUUGAGUUACACAGGAGCUGCCUGUCAAACAGAUAACCCUGAUAGUGGAAUGUCACCCGCCUCAGUCUCAAGCGUGCAGGCGGCCGCUCGUGCUUGUGGAUUUAUCAACACAAGGACAUUUUGAACUGCAGGCAAGUUUGUUUGUUUUUUUUCUAAAAAAAAAAAAAAAAAGGGGAAUGCCUUUUUAGUUUCCCCUCAUACUGUUUUCUUGGGCAUCUUUCCGCAGAAUGGCCGCCUCAGGCAAAGGUGAGAAAGUGUCCAAAUUUGAGACAUUGAAACUCCUGGAGAAAUGCAGAAAGGAAAGAGAUGAUGCCAUGCACAGGGAAAGCGUCCUCCGAGAGAAACUCAGACAGUAUGAGUCACGGAUGCGUUCAACUGAGGCCCUGAAACAGAAACUGAAGUCCCUCACUGUUGACAACAAAGAGCUGAGGAGGCAAGUGAAGACUCUUCGCACUGAAAUUGGUCUUGAGUCCAACCCUCAGUUCAAUGGAAAGACCACCAAGGAUAUAAUCAAUGACUUGCAUGACAAGGAGCGGGAGUGCUGUUCCCUGGUGGAGAAGACCGGGAAGCUGAGCCUCACCAUUGAUGACUUGACAGCAGAAUUGGCAAAUGCGGUCACCUCUAAAACACUUUUGGAGGAUCAAGUGCUGUCACUGCAGCAAAAUCUGAAGGAUAUGACAAACAAUCAGCGGCGACUGCUGAAGCUGUGGGAGGACAAGAAGGCCCAGAGGGAGCAGCUCGCCCUCCCUGCAAUCACCCAGAGGCCUGGACAGAAGCCGUUCAGCCAUAAAACAGUUCAAACGGAGAUGUCCAUCAGUUCAUCUCAAAAGCUUCCAGUCAAUGCGUUUGAGACCAAGCCUUUUUCUCAGGACAACGACAAAAAGACUGUUUUGGAUAAACACAGUUUUCCAAACUUUGGAAAUGGCUAUCAUCAUGACAAGAAAGCGUUCAUGCAAGGGGAAACUAAAGGAAUUCAGAAUUGACGGGACCAACAGGCUGCGGGCCACAAAAACUCUGCACUGAGAAAGACCAUAUAGGAAAGCACAGCAAAAAAACUGUUGGACUAAUGUGUAAUAUAUCUGUAAAUAACAGACCAAAGAGUAAAAUGAGAUGCAACUUCAACGUUGUAAAGCUGAUUUAUGGCUCGUCUUUGUGCCUUGUGUAAUUUAAUCUGGUGAAGUUGUUGUCACAGCUAUAAUUCAAACGUAACCUAUAUUUUUA